AUGACGCGAUCGCCGGCGGCCGACGUGCGGCGCGCGCUCGACGCGCUGCAGGCCGAGGAGCACGCGCGCGAAGCGCGCAUAGCAGGGCUCAUCAGCGCUGCGCAGGCAUCCAUAGCGGGGAGCGAGGAGGCGGCAGCGGCGGACGUCGCGCCGCGCCUCGCGCGCGUCGCACAGCGGUCGGCGGACCUCGAAGCACGGAUGCAGGGCACAGCGGGCACCGCAUCGCAGCUCUACGGCGAGAUGCAGCAGCUGCAUGAAGAGCGGCAGCGUGUCGAGCUCUCGAUGAAAUGGUGCCGCGCCGUGGUCCAGCUGAAGCACGCGUGCGCGGCGCUCGCCGAGGCGCUCGAGCACCGCGACUGGGAUGCGGGCGCCGCGCACUGUGCCGCGGCGCUCGAGGUGGACCAGGAGAUUGUGCACAGCGAGUUUGCGCGGCAGUCGGUGCCGUCGACCAUGCUUCCGGACCCGGCACCACAGACGCUCGCACGGCUGCGCACCGAGCUGCUCGAAGCGCUCACAAAGAACUUUGCGCACUACACGGCGCCUGCGACGCAGGACGAGGCGCAGGCGACACGCUUUCUCUCGCUCUUUCCCGUGGUGCACGCGCACGCAGAAGGCCUGGCGGCGUACACCGCGUUUGCCGUCACCCUCGUGCACGCGCAGGGCAAAGGCGUGCAGGAAAAGCUGCUUGCGACGCCGCCCACUGCGCCGUACUAUGGCAUGCUGUGGGGGGCCGUAUUCGACUCGCUCGCCAUCUUUAUCCACGAACACGAGCCGGUGGUCGACCGCCUCUUUCUCCAAGACGGCCACGCGGGCUUUGUGCAAGGCGUCCUGCCAGGCCUCUCGCAGGAAUGGACGCGUCUGGGGUUGCAGAUCCUCGAGGUCUGGGACGAAAAGCGGCAGCGCGUGCGCAUGCUGCGCGAUGCAAACGCAUACCGCUUCACGGUCCUCGACGGGAUCCGCGGCGCGCCCCACACGCCCGGGCGCAUCUUUGGCGAGGGCGAGAAGCCCAAGACGGACCUGUCGCUCCCGUUUUCGCUCACGCGCCCAAGCACGCCGAGCGCCGCACCGCCCGAGGCGCUGGCGCCCGACAUUGCACACGCCGACGUGCUCCUCACCGAGCUCGCGGCGGUCUCGUCGCAGUGGGCGCUCUUUCGGCAGUUUCUGCGGAACCAGCUCAAGACGGACGUGGUGCUGGUCGACGCUGCAGCCGGGCGUGCGCCGGACGCGUCGCUCAGUGCGCGUCUCGACGCACUCGUGUCCGAGACGUUCUUUCCGCUGCAGAUCUGGUCGCUGCGUGCGAGCAUCGAGCGCGUCCAUGCGCUGGAUACGCCGGACCUGAGCGCGCGCCCGAUCACGAGCUCGCUGCCCGACGACCUCUUCUUUAUGCUGCGCACCAUCUUUACACGCACGCUCUCUGCCUCCUCGCUAGAGCUUGCUGAGCGUGUCGUGACGCAGGCGCUCGCGCUACUCGAGACCGAGUUUGUCGAGAUCGUGGUGCUGCGCAUGGACGGAUGCCGCCGUGCGCUCAACGUCCCUCGCCUCGUCGACGGCCCCCGCCGUGCGGCCGCGGUGCGCGAAGUGAAGGCGACCAUGAUCGUGUACCUCAACGUGCUCGACGUGUCCGCCGCGUACACUGAGCGGAUCCUCGCGGACCUGCACCAGGAGUCGUUCCUGAUGCAGUACUUUGACGCGUCGCUGCCCGACCGCGCGGACCCCGACGUGUCCGCCACGAGCGAGCUGUCGCUCGCGCAGGACAUCGUGAGCCGCAUCGGCUCGCUCACCCCCAAGCUGCGCUCCGCCUUGCAGUUCGAGACGGAGGAGCUCUAUACCACCCUGGUCGAGCCGCGUGUGCAGGCGCUGCUCCACGAAAUGCUUCACGACCUCUCCUACGACCUCGACGAGGCGGCGUACGCGCGCGCCGAGGACGCCGACGCGGUCGCUACGCGCCUGCGUGCGGGCUGGGAGUCGGUGCUGCCCGGCUACCGUGAGCAGCUCACCGAGCCGAACUACGCGCUGCUCUUUGGCCACGCUCUCGAUGCGAUCCUCGCGCCGUGGGAAGAGGCGGUGAUGCACCUGCGCUUCAGCGAGCUGGGCGCGCUCCGCUUCGACAAGGACCUGCGCAGCAUGCUCGCCUUCUUUGCGGCUCAGACGCCGUGGGGCGUGCGCGACAAGUUUGCCAAGCUGCAGCAGGUCGCCUACGUACUCAACCGCGACGACGACGACGAGGGCGAUAUCUACGAGGCUGGCGCGUCGCUCGGUAUCUCGUGGCAGCUGUCACCCAGCGAAGUGCAGCAGAGCUUCACGACCUGGUUCGGGCGGUAA